AGAAUAGAGAAGCAUGUCCAAAUCUGUAAAAAGGUGAAGCAAUCACAUCGUCAAGUUUUUAACUCCUACAUCAGUAGGACUAAGGGAUCCGCCAUUGAGGAGUUCUGGAAAACCCACAGCAGAACAGAGACUCCAGAGGUUGUAAAGAAAAUUAACCUAAGACAAAACGACAAGGCAAACACAAGAAAUCUGCAUGAGGGUCGACUCCCAGCUGGAACUUCAAAAUGGUCCAAGUGAGCCAACCCGAACGGACCCACACAUGGACCAAUCCUCAGGACCUAUGUGCACAGUCAGAGUUGGGUCCAGAAGGCUUCCAGUGUAUCCAUGGGUUAUCGUGUGUUUAGGACUGUUAAACACAAUUCUGAUGUUAACUGCUAUUGUUAUUGGGAUUUACUGUGGCAAAGUCAGUGAGGUAUCCGCUCCCCAUGAAAUAACAGCACAGACUCUAAUCAUAGAAGUGAAGCAACUUCAGAUAAUGCAAACUGAAGCGAGCAAAGCUCAAGAAGAGGCCCAACAAGCAUUAAAGAAAGAGCUCAGGAAACAUCAGCAACUAAAACUGCAGUUGGAACAGAACAAGACACUCAGUGACGACAUUCAGAGGCAGCUUGAGACACUACAACUGGAAAAAGUAAAACUGCAGUCUGACAAAUCUGAUACUUUGGAAAGUUGUGGACGCUGCCUGCCAGGAUGGUUUUUAUUUAACACAUCAUGCUACUUUCAUUCUAAAUCAGCAUCCAAUCCCUUAAAGAACUGGUCAGACAGCAGGGCAGACUGUAUCAGCCGUGGUGCCAAUCUGACUGUGAUUGAUACCUGGGAGGAGCAGCUAAAUCUUUUUGAGUACCUACCAAAACGGGAUGCAAGCAUUCGACCGUGGUGGAGCAGGCCUGGGGGAAUCUGGAUUGGCCUUACGGAUAUUCAGACAGAGGGCCAUUGGGUGUGGCUAAAUAAUGUGACUCUGCUGGAUAAAGGGUACUGGAUACAAGGGGAGCCCAACAACUAUGGAACAGAGGAUAUAAAAGGAGGCAAACAGAUCAGUGGACAGAGCUGCAGCACUACAAUGGAUAAUCCAGGAAGAAGGACAGAUGAUAGGCAGAAAACAUCAUUUAUACCAGAGUUUUCUCAAGUUUUCUUCAACACUGAUAGACGUUUUCGCUCUCGCUACGAAAUCUUCAGACGAGGUGGAGAAGGAUCUGAUCGACUGGUUAUACUGUGUCUGGGUCUGUUGAACGCUAUUUUGCUGAUAGCUGCUGUUGCUAUUGGCAUUAACUGUGCCAAAGUCAAAGAGGGUUCCCUCCAGGUUACCCACUCAGCUGCAACAAAGCUCAUCAAUGAGCUAAACUAUCUCCGUAGUAACCACAGCGAUGUGAUCAAAGCCGAAGAGGAGGCCAAGAAUGCGUUAGAAAGAGCGAUUCAAAACCAUGCAGAGUUAAAGGUGAAAAUAGAGCAGCACAAGACCAUUAAUGAUGAAUAUCACAGAAAGAUUGAGGCGCUGCAAACAGAGAAGACAAUUCUGCAGUCCAAUAUAUCGGCACUGGAGGGAACUUGUGGCAGAUGUCUCUCCACGUGGAUUCUUCUUAACUCAUCCUGCUAUUUCUUUUCUUACACUGAGUCCUCUACUGUCAAAAAGAACUGGCCAAAUAGCAGAGCAGACUGUAUUAGUCGUGGAGCCGACCUGAUUGUGAUCGAUAACCAGGAGGAACAGACAUUUGUGAGUGACAGCAUUGAAAAUAUGAGAAGUGGCCGCGACGUCUGGCAAAGCGGAUUCUGGAUUGGUCUUACUGACACAGAGACAGAAGGGACAUGGGUCUGGAUUAAUAAUGUCACAGAGGUGGAACAAAGGUACUGGAUGGAUGGAGAACCAAACAACGUUGGACACCUGGGAGAAGACUGUGGGAUUGCAGUUUAUAGCUCUGAUAAUCCCUGGAAGACCCGUUUUGAUGCCAAUUGUCACCAGAGAGAAAGGCACUGGAUAUGUGAAAUGACAUCAAACAACAAUCUCAAAGAUACCCACCUCAAACUUGAUGAUACAGAACGCAUCAGCAAUGAGAUGAUCAAACUCCAGGAUAAUUACAAAGCCGCAAUCAAAAACAUGACGGGUUACAAGAAGCAGCUGGACAGUGAGAUGAGUCGUCAGAAACCAACCAACUGGGAGCUUGAACACCAGACAAAAAGAAGCCAAGACUACCAAGCUGCUCACAUUAUCACGGUCAAAAUGGAGGGUUUUGAAAAUUCAGAUCGGACUUUUGAUGGUAGGCCGACAUAUAAAGCACUGAUCAGUCAAGAGGACUUAAGUGGAGACGAGCACCAUCUUUACCCAAACCAAGAGAAACAACAAGUGUCCAUGUCCAUGGUGAGACCUGGAUCCAGUUUGAAUCAUUACAAAGUGCUCACAGUAAGCCUGGCCGUACUCGCUGCCAUUCUUCUAGCAGUUGAUAUUGGCAUGGGAGUCUAUUAUAGCAAACUUACUGUUGGGCAGAACGCAGUAACGGACAUAAGCAGUGAGAUUGCCAAAUUGCAGGCUAUUUACAACACUGCAAUCCAACGCAGGGAUGAAAUCAAGAAUCAGUUGGCAAGAGAAAUCAGUGGGCAGCAACUAACCAAGUGGGAGCUUGAACACCAGAAGAGAAGAAGCAAAGACUACGAAAAGCUGAUUGACAAAAUUCGAAUGGAAAUUGCAGCAUUGAAAUCCCACAUGCCGAUGAUGAAGGAGGGCUGCAGACACUGUCUACCAGGAUGGACUUACAUGAACUCAGUGUGUUACUUCUUCGCUUUCUCUGAUGCUCUUUCGCGCAGAUCAUGGCAGGAAGCCAGACAGUUCUGCAUGAGACAAGGAGGCGAAAUAGCAGUGAUAGACAGCAGAGAGAAACAUCUGGCAAUAAGUGACUUGAUAAAUAAUUAUCAAGACCCCUCGAGACCCACAGUCUACAGUGGCUUCUGGAUCGGAUUGAGAGAUGUGGAGGAGGAGGGGACUUGGAAAUGGCUGGAUGGAACAAGACUGAAUGAGGGGUACUGGAAUGAUGGAGAACCCAACAACCAGGGUAACGAAGACUGUGCAGCUACAUAUCCUCAAAUCAACCCCUUUAAGGCCUGGAAUGAUGCUCCAUGCAAUCACGAACUGAAAUGGAUUUGUGAAAUGACACCAAGGUCUGCAAGUUAAUAUGAUUUCUUAAAAUAUACUAUUUAGUUUUCAUUUAAUUGUUUGGUGGAAGAACUCCGCUUUUGAGACUUUUACACAUGUUCUGAAUUGUUCUUUUUAUUGUCACAUCAAGGAAGGUUAAAAUACGAAAGA